AUGGACCAAUCCAACGAGCAGCCAAGGAGCAGAGUGGCUCUCUUGGGGCUUCUCUACUGCCUCUCUACUGCAUCAGCGGCACUACCGUUGCAGCAUCGCGUCAAGAGCUCGCAACGCCAAGUUUCCUAUCAACACACCCUGCAAAAUACGCCCCGUUCUUUUUCAUGUAGCGAAAGUACUGAAUCCUACGUACCUCUCGAAUUUACGUUGGAGCAACAUCAGGGCGACUGGGUGGCAAGCACAGUGCGACGACCGGCGGAGGCCACACUCGAUACUAAAACAAGAACAACAAAACCAACCAAAACAGCAACAACAACAACAACAGCAGGAGGCUACUGGAGGCGCCUGUACGAUCAAUUUGUAGGCGAAGAAGGCAACAAAGACAGUCCCCAAAACGAAACGGAUGUACCAUUUCAGGUGGAUGUGAAUUCUAGCUAUGUGAAUGAAACGGGAGAAACCAGUGUGUACACUACCACAAACAAUGAAACCACUUUCAAUACAACUGACUUUCAACCGUUGAGAAUGAGAGCCAUUCUAGCAGAAGAUUCUGAUUAUUUGAGUCAGGAAGAACGCGAAUCCCUCCUUCAUGGCAUGCUCAGUCCGGCCUUAUUAGCGUGGAGCUCGGCCUUGAGAGUAGAUCCAGUAGUCGGAAACUUGACUGUAGAUUCGUCGCAAUUGUCGCCCGGAAACAUGUGUGGUCCGGGAGAUUCACUGCCUUCGAUUGCCGUUCCACUGUCUCAUCUUACGGAAGGGAUUCCAGACACUGAUAUCAUUGUCUAUCUCAGUCUGGGAUUUACCUCGCAACGCAACCAGACAAGGAUGAUAGAUUCUUCUCUACGCAACAGUUCCGAAACAGGCGGCUUGGAAAGAGAGGUGCCUUUGGAACAGACUAAUGAACCACCGAAAAGAAAGCUGGAACAACAAGGAGAAGAACAGGAUGAAAUUCUCGAGUUGUUACUCUCCAACAACAACCAAAGCAACUCGUCAUCAUCAUCAUCCUUUUCUUGCAAUGGUGAUUACUUGGCGGCAGCUUCUUACUGUUCUACGGACCAGUACGAUCGACCCACUGCCGCAUUGUUGCACAUUUGCAUUGAUGAUGAUUUCUUUUCGGCUUCCAAGCAAAAACGGAAUGCCCGCACCAUUAUGCACGAGCUCGGACACGCCCUUGGAUUCAACGCGUUGAGCAUGGCGCAUUUUCGAAGACCGGAUGGGACACCCAUUACGCCUCGUGGUCCGAAUGGAGACGUUCCCGAUACCGAGAUUGAAUGCACCGGUCCAGGCAGGAACAGAACCUUUGCCAAUGUGGCACUUCCUUCGGAAGAAAUUCUCAAGUUUCGAGAGGUGCGUGGGGGUGUCCGGGUGGCCCAAGUAGUCACUCCAUCGGUAUUGCAGGUGGUUCGCAAUCACUUUGAUUGCCAAGAACUACAAGGUGCCGAACUGGAAAGUGGAGAAGGCUUGCCUCUGGAAAUGUUAUCCGAAGGAUACGGAUGUAUUGGGGAUCACUGGGAACGAAGACUCUACUCUACGGAUCUUAUGAAUCCUGUAGUAGAUGAGUAUGACUUGUCACCAAGAAUCUCUACCUUGACACUGGCCUAUUUUGCGGAUUCGGGGUGGUAUCAAGUCGAUUUGAACUAUGCUAGGGUAGCUGCAGGAUGGGGCAGAGGUUCUGGAUGCAGCUUUGUCAACGAUACUUGCAUUGGAGAGCAUGGACAAAUCCCUCCCAGGAAUGCUCCCUUCUUUUGCAAUGAGAUUCCAUCGCCACAAAAAAGUCGAACAGCGGCCCAGGACAUUCACGGGUGCACACCGGAUCUUUCCCGCAAAGCGACUUGUUCAAUUGGUCAAUAUGAGCACGAACUGCCUCCACAAUUCCAAUACUUUAAUGACACGUAUGGUGCCAAUGUGGGUGGUAGCGAUCCAUUCUUGGAUUACUGUCCAGUGUACAAUGGAUAUGCCAAUGGAUUGUGCUCGGAUAUUUCCAACGAACGCAUCAUGAAGUCGAGUAGCCUGGAAACCUUUGGCAUUCGAAAUUCUCGGUGUUUGAUUGGGGAUAUUGGAGGCAACCAAGACGACAAGCUGGCCUUGUGUUUGCCCAUUGCGUGUGUGGUGGAAGAUCAAACCUUGAGGAUUCAAAUUGAAGAUCAAUGGCAAGAAUGUCGCGAAGAAGGUCAAAUCAUUCGAGCAGGCUUGACCACGAUCUUUUGUCCCAACCCGCAACGAAUCUGUCCUACCUUUUACUGUCCGUUUGAUUGUUUGGGCACUGGCGGAGUUUGCGACUACGACAGUGGCGAGUGCUUGUGCGAAUACCCUGGCAAGAUCAAGGACAAUGAAACCACCACUUAUCUGGCCGAGUGUGGAACCGUGAACGAAACGGUUGUGGAAGACAAUCCACGUCCCGCACUGCACUUUCCGAUUAUUCGACCAGGAAUCACCAUUGAUCCACCGCUGGAUUCACCUUACAUUGAUUACUAUGUUCCAGACAAGAGUGCUUUGGAAAAGAAACGUCCAAAAUCUCGCUGGGCCAUUUAUGUCAGUGUUGGUAUCGGAGGUGUGGCUGUUUUGCUUGUGGGUUUCCUCCUUGCCUCUAUUAGAAGUGCGGGCGAUGAAGGAGAUGACAUUCCAUCACCUGUAAAUCGGAACAAGGACAAGAUGGUUGCCACUGUUUUGGUGGAUCUACGUAUGCGCGGAGAACAAGUCAGCAAUGAGAGCCUGGCCGACACGGAUGAACAGUUGACCGAUUCGGUUGCUUCUGGAAUCCCCAGCGAUGCCUUGUCGGAUAUCAGUCGGUACAGUCAAGCCUUGUCGGAUUUGGAUAGCAGCGGCGAAAUGAUUCCACCGACACCACCGCGUGGUACUUCUGUUGGACGACAAAAAGAGCAACAACAAGACGAAGAACGUCAGGAUGCUCACGUCAUUCGAAGACGCAGAAUUGCCUAUGCCUAG